AUGAUAUUGACCAGAACUAAUGGCCUGACGGGUUGGAUGGGAUCCGAUUGCCUGAAACUGAUUGAUUUUGGAGGUGCCGGUUCUGACGGCGGAGAGCAUGGCUCCUGUUAUCAAUGGUAUAGUUAUCGACGAUCAACACCGGAAGUCAGCAAGCAGACCGAUAUCUUCGCGUUCGGGUGCGUGAUCUGUAAAACCCUGACGGGCAGACACCCAUACCACGAAUUCAAAGCAUUUGAUAAUCGGUCACACCUCGUCCAACAACUAUAUCAAGAAAAUCAAUUCCCGGAUGUCAUAAAUCUAUCAUUGGGCCAAUUGACGCAAGUGCUGGCACGGCACUUUCAAUUCCAUGAGCGAGAUUGUCAAGGCAUUAGA